UGACGUUUCCGAAUUUGACGUUUUUGCCUUUCUUUUACGUCAGGCUUUCAUUUCCGAUAGGACUUGGAAUAGCAGAUAAGCAUCUUCUUCAACAAAAUGGUUAAAGCUAAGGGUGAAAAACGCAACAAAUCCGCCAUCAAUGAAGUGGUGACCCGCGAGUGCACCAUUCACAUGUCCAAGCGUGUGCACAACAUUGGCUUCAAGAAGCGUGCUCCUCGUGCCAUCAAGGAAAUCCGCAAAUUUGCCGAAAAGGAAAUGGGCACCACUGAUGUCAGAAUCGAUACCCGUUUGAACAAACAUAUCUGGUCCAAGGGUAUCAGAUCUACUCCUUUCCGCGUACGUGUACGUUUGGCUCGCCGCCGUAACGACGAUGAGGACUCUCCCAACAAAUUGUACACCUUGGUCACCUAUGUCCCCGUCCCCACUUUCAAGAACUUGCAAACCGAAAACGUUGAAUCCAAUGACGAUUAAAC